AUGGAAGCUUCCUACGUUCGUGUUGAUGCCACUCUUGUACCUCAGAACCGGGGGAACAUUGUGAGAAUUGUUGCCAAGUGUGACGCCUACGACCCUCUGCUGGAGACUGCCUCUCUUAACGCUAAUGGCACCGUGACCUUACUCACCGCCAGUGUCAAUGAGAGCCCUCAAGUGGGGCAAAUCUACGAUGUUCUGGGUAAAGUGUCGCUGGAUAAAGACGACAUUAUUGCCUACAGUCUUAUCCCCCUCCCCGAAGACACCAACAUCGAUGCUGCUUGCAAGUUGGCCCACUUAACGCAAAAGGUGCCGCACAUGUUCCAUGAAUAA